AUGUUUGUCAACAACGAGAUAGGCACGAAACAGCCUGUGGAGAAGAUUGGCAAGAUAUGCAAAGACAGGGGCAUCUUCUUCCAUGUGGAUGCGGCCCAAGCAGUUGGAAAGGUUUCCAUCGAUGUGAAGCAGUUGUGUGUUGAUGCGCUGUCCGUCUCAGCCCACAAACUUCAUGGGCCGAAGGGCAUUGGGGCUUUGGCCGUGUCCAUGGAGAUGGAGGGUUUAAUCAAAGAAUAUCCAUUCAAGGUUGGUGGUGGCCAGGAACGUGGCCUAAGGAGUGGCACUGUGCCUGUACCUCUGGCAGUGGGUUUCGGCCAGGCUGCUCAGCUUGCUCGGGAACACCUACAAUUACACAGCGCACAGAAGCGCUGCCAGGAGUUGGGGCAGAAACUCUUCCAUGGUAUCCAACAAGGCCAUCCAACAAUAUGUUUAAACGGUUCGCAUGAGAAACGCAUUUGGUCCAAUGUCUCGGUUUGCAUUCUUGACCUCGACGGCGGCGAUUUGCUUCAGCGAGUUCUGCCACAAGUCUCCUGUUCAAAUUCCUCCGCUUGUAAUGGAACAUUUCAUGGAUCCCAUGUGCUGGAAGCCAUUGGAGUGGACACUGUGUGCAAUGCAGUGCUUCGCUUUGGCCUCACAAGAAUGACCACGGAUGCUGACGUGGGGACUGCCAUCGCCUCUGUGUUGUCGGCCAUUCGACAAGCGUGUGCUCACAGGAAGCAGUGUUGA